AAACUAUAAAAUAUAAUUUAUAUAAUGUAAAGUGACUGUUUUCUAUUCAGUGUUUUGUUUCUAAGUGUCUGGAGGAAGUUGUGUAAGUUGAUGAUGGAGGAAACUUUCCUCCAGGGACCGCUGCUCCUCCUGCUGCUCCUCCUCCUCCUCCUGCUCCUCCUGCUCCUCCUCCUCCUCUGCACGCUCCGGACCUCCAGCCUCUCCAGCGGGACACUCUCACAGCACGCACCGGGCGGUAGUGGACCUUCGUCAGGGCUCCUUGUGCAGCAGCUCCCCGGCCUCUGUGCCUCCUUCGUCCCGGCUUGUGACCGACCCUCCUCGGCUGUGGAGGAACCCGCUGCGGGGACACGAGCGAUGGACACGUCCCGUUAGAAGUUGGAAAGUCUCCCAUCGAGCAGAGCCGGCGGCCGUGCCCGCCUCGGAGGCCAUGGGCUGCGGCUUGAGGAAGCUGGAGGACCCGGAGGACAGCACACCCGGGAAGAUCUACUCCACCCUGAAGAGAGCUCAGGUGGAGACGAAGACGGACACCGUGCUGGAGUAUGUCCUGCUGGACUUCAGCCUGGAAGGCAGCCGCCCGACGGUGCAGUACGUGGGGUCCCUGUCCGAGCUGCCUCAGGCCCUGCAGCCGUACUACACGCAGGGCUACGUCCUGACCGCCCUGCACCCCAUCAUCCUGUCUGUGGGCCGGACGCGCUCGAUGCCCUUCAGCCUGCUGUACCGCGCCAUCCUGGCCCGACCCAGACCCAGCAGGCAGACGGCCUCCAUGUGUCACAGUGUCCCGGUGCUGCGGGUGGAGGAGUGGCCUCUACCUGGCGACUCGCUGACGGGCGACACCGUCCGAGCGCUCAUCGACCGGGUGAACAGCAGCGCACGAGGGGGCGUUCGAUUCGUGGGCUCGGUCCUCCAGCAGGUGAGCGGGGUCACGAACGGCCGGGUGCACAGUCCGAAGAGGGGCUGUCGCUCUCCUCCGCGCUCCCCCCCCCGGACUCCUCCAGGAGACGCAGAGCAGGAGGACAACACCUACAGUCCUGACUUGAGGUUGCUGGUCUUCUUCCACUCCUGGGCUCCAGGCUGUGCUCCUCUGGACUCUCUGGCCUGUCAGUACCACCAGGGGGCGCUCUCCAUGCGUGUGUCCAGGAAGGGUCAGGUGGUCAGUGCCCUGGAGGCCGACUGGCUGGAGCUGACCACCGCCUACUACCGCAAAGGCUGGUCACUGGUGGACUCCUUCGUGUACUGGGACACGCCGAGAGGUGAGCCAGUGCCCAGAUCCCUGGAGGGUUUGUUUGUUUACGAGGAGAGAAGCACGUCUCCUCCCGCCAACGACACCAUCGUGGUGGAGCAGUGGACGGUCAUCGAGGGCUCCAACGUGAAGACGGACUACGGGCCCCUUCUUCACACCCUGGCCGAGUUCGGCUGGCUGCUCACGUGUGUCCUGCCCACGCCCAUCAUCCGACACGACAGUGACGGGAACUUGGCCACGAAGCAGGUGGUGUUUCUGCAGAGGCCCGUCCGAGGUCAGCCUGCCGGGCAGCAGAGGAACCAGACUCUGUCCGUCCACAGCGACGUGUCCAGUCGCUCGGUGAGCCGCUCGGUCAGCAGCGCCACCGUCCCGCCCGAGGAGCUCUCCCCCGCCGCCGGAGGCAUCGGCGGCUUCCCCGUGUUCGGGGGGGGGUACCCCAGCGCCCUGUCCCGCCUGGAGGAGAACGGCUUCGAGCAGGAAGAAGGGAAAGCCGAGGUCACGUGUAUGUGAGCGGGAAAACAGACGGAUCUAACUUUUCCUCCGGGAUUCAAACUGUGUUGGAUCAACGGAGAAGAGACUUGAAGUCUCCACAGACUCUUCAUCUGACGUUGUGUUGCUUUUAAAACUCUGCACUUUUUUUUAUGUUUUUAUUGAAGCCAUAAUGAGGUUUUAUUUAGAGACUGAUCUGAAUAUGAACCACACAAACACACACACAGACACACACACACAGCUAUGAAGCACAAACUGAUUUCUACACGUUAUGGAAUCAACACCGGGGACAAUCAAGGGAUUCACCUUUUUUUUGACCAAUAUCACUUUUUUCCUUCUCUUUGGUUUUUCAGUUUCACACAUUUUUUCUCAAUUGAACAGAGAAAGUUCUCAAGACUUUUUAUUGCUGCGUCCAGAUGUUUUAUAACCUUCAUAUCUCACCUCAGGUCAGACUCGGCUCCUCUCUUCCAGAAUAUUUGGUACUGACAGUUUGCAGGUUGGCGAGUGACAGUUACUAUGACCAGAGGAUUUUAUAGACACACUCAUGAUGCUCAAUCUGAGCGGGGGGGCCAUAAUGCAUUUGUUUGACAGUAUUUAAUAUUUGUUCGGUUGCUGUUGGUGUUACACAUUUAUUUUCUCUUCUGUUGAAUCUGCUGCUUUCUGCUUUAGAGCGUAGAUGGUACUGACGUGGAACAACAUGUUCCUUUAUCACCACACACACACACUGUUUAGUUUGAUUCAGUCUCACACACACUCACACACACACACACACACUAUAUAUAUAUAUAUAUAUAUGUAUAUUGGUUGAAGUCAUUACCUGAAAAACAGUGUCCAGCUGUUAACUGAAAUGAUUUGACCCUUUUGAAAAACUUGGUUUAAAACCUCUUAUUAAAGGUUUAUCUCUCCAGCAGGAACCUGUGGACAGGAUAGAAAGUAUUAACUCAACUCACUGUUGGUUCUGUUCAUUUCUUAGGAUUUGUUGACAAUGUAAAAUAUAGUCGUAGAUACAUUUCCUGUUAUUUUCUUAACCAACAUUAAUUUCAGUCUUUAUUCAGGAUAUAUGCAGCAAUCCUGAGAAUAAAUUCAAUACUUUUUAAGACUCUUCUAAUAUUUUUCAAGACCCCAGCGCCACUAGGAGCUGGAACCGGUGACAUCAGCGACACUAUUGAGUUUGAGGUUUCAAAAUUAAAUUAAGUUUGCCAGAACUUCUAUGUAGCACUGUAUCAACACAACAGAAGCUCAAAAGAAUAAAUUGAGUUACUAAGCCACAAAUUAUUUAUAACAAUAACAUGCUCGCUCACUCACACAUGCACACAACAGUGUUUCCCACAGGGUUUGUAGAGAUCAUGGUGGAUGGACCCUGGACCCUCUUGGAAGAGGAUAUUGUACAUUCUAAAGUAAAGAUGCAUCAAUCUGGUCCAAUUUGAGACAAAUUAAGAGGCUAGAUUGAAAUUAAAAUGGCAGAAUCCAUUGUGGUGUGAGAAACACUGCACAGACACACUGAGCAGUCAAUGGUUCAGUCAACUCUGCAAUAGGCACUUUGAUAAUACUUUAAAUAAUAAAUCUAUUUUGCAGACUGUCCCUGCUUGAACGCCAGGUAUGUUUUUGUUGCGCUGUUGUGAGGACUAGAAUAAAUGAAUUCACAAACUUUUAACAACUUUUGACAAAUAUGUUAUUCACAUUGAAAAAACAACACAUCCGUAAGCUAUUUUAUUUAGUAGCUUUAUUGUGGAAGGUUGAUGUGUAGUUCCUGUUAUAAGCAGGGUGUUGGUUGGGACUCUUGUUUUGAAGGGGGGCUCUAAUGGAGGCUUUACUUAAGACAGAGUGUUGCUGACGUCACGCAGACGUUUUACUUCCUGUGUCCGUGCGGCGACAGAUUCUGCAUCACGAAGGAACCUCCACCAGCUUCCGGUUAGAAUAACUAGUGAGUGAGAGGUUCAAGGUGGUUAUGUGACCAUGGUUAUAUGUUUUCAUCAUCAGGUUUAAUAAAUGUCAGUAUUAAUGA